AUUGAAAUUAUUAAUGUAUUCAAUUAAGAAAAGAUCUGAAGUUUUUGCUUAUUUUGAGACUGGCAACCGUCGUUUUGGGUUAUUACAUGUGUUUUGGUUGCAAUAAGUGAUAAUUAUUUAUCUCUCUUUUUUUUUUUUUUUUAAAUAUAUAACAUAAAAAUGUCUUUUCUGAUGCGCAAAAGAGUCUUUUUAAAUCUGCACAAAUGUAGAAUUUUUAUGAAAAAUUUUAGGAAUGAAAAUUCAUAUCUUUUAAAUCGCUGUUGUAGGAGAAAUGUGGUUGUCUCUCAACAAUUGUGUUUAGCUACAGUUGCCCAUCAGCAUAAAUUAAACGAAGAUUUGCCGGCAAUCAAAAGCGGGAAUAUCAACGAUGCUUCUAUUAUAAAAGAAAUUGAUAAAGAUCUAUCAAAUAUAGAUUGGACUAUCAGACGUUCAGGUCGUAUAAAUAGAAGGACGGUAGAAUCAGUGUUUUUAAAGAUGAAAAAUGCCGAAUUAUCGUCUCAUUCUGCAACACAUGGUCUGUAUCUUCUAAGAUGUUGUGGACGGAUUCUUGAAGAAGCACCUUCAAAAAGAAUUGAAUUAGCUAAUGAAAUAUGGAAUACUUUGAUAAAAUUAGGUUGUUCUUUUGACAUAAGACAUUAUAAUUCUCUUUUGAGAAUUUACUUAGACAACAAUCAUCAUUUUUCUCCUACUGACUUUUUAUCAAAGUUGGAUGCAGAUCAAAUUCAGCCUGAUAAGGUGACAUAUUUGUAUCUUAUGGAGAAGUACUGCAAUGAUGGAAAUCUUACUGGGGCAAGUGAAAUAUUGGAGUUCAUGAAAGAAAAGAAGCUUCCAGUAAAUGAAGCAGUAUUUAAUUCACUUAUAAAGGGCCAUGUAAAAACGCAGGACUUUUCUGGAGCCAUGAAUAUUCUUGAUGUCAUGAGAGCUUCAAAUUUAUCACCUACAGCAGACUCGUAUACUGCCAUAGCUUGUGGGUAUGCUAGUAAAGGAGAUAUCGAUGAAAUGAAAUCAGUAUUAAUAAGGGCUAAGAAUAAUGGAGUAACAAUUUCACAAAGGCACUAUUUUCAGUUGAUUAAUGCUGCUGCAACAGGCGAUCAUGUUCAUGAG